AUGUCUAAGCAACUCGCUAUCGUCAAAAUCCACAAGUCCUGCACUUUGGAAUCCAAGAACAAAUUCAAAAGAUGCGACCAAGAAUGCGAAUGCUCUGAUGACAGCUGUCCCAAUGUUUGUGAACGCAAGGAAUGUCCGGAGACCUGCUCCUCCAACAAGAUGUAUGGGUGCCAAAAUCAGAAGUUCCGAGGUUAUGGCAUUGGAAAGAACAAGAAAUCCAAAAAUGGCAAGGAACCAGAGCCAACCAAGCCUAGCGUGGAAAUUAGAGAGACAAGAGGAAAAGGCAGAGGGCUGUACGCCACAAAGUUCAUCCAAACUGGAGAUUUCGUGAUCCCGUUUACUGGAGAAUAUAUUUCCGAGGAGGAAAAGAGGAGGAGAUUCGAGAUCUAUGGAGCCAAGAUGAUGGACGCUUACGUCUUGGAUUCUGGGAAUCAUACGAUCGACGUACGAUCUCUGGGAAUCAGGCAAAUUCCUGUAACAUCGAAUGCAAAUGUGGAAGCUGGAAUUGCAGUGGGUUGGUUGGCAAGAAGGAGAAUGUCCGGACAGAUGGAGAAUUCAAGAAAAAUGGACCAAAGAAGAGGAAGAUGGAGGCUGAAGUUGAUUUGA